ACGUUCCGUGUCGAGCUGAGCUGAGCUGAGCUGCGCGGCUCCGAGCUGCGCAGUUGGCCCGUGCCUCCUGGGAAUCUGAGCUCCAUAACCUUGGUUGGAGCGGGCACACGAAACUGGACUCCGACCAGCGGGGAGUGAGGAGAGAUUCAGUGCGCCGCGUCGCGGUGGCGCUUGUUACGCUGUGUGUUCUGUGACGGUGUAACGGACCUGUGACGCCGCUGAGGCACCUGAGUGGCGCAGUAACACGUCACGGGAUGUCGGUGCCGUGUUUUGGCGUCUCGUGACGGUGUUGUCACUGAGUGACGUUUGGUAGCAGUGCAGCGCCCGGCAGGUGUGCCUCUGCGAGAGUCUUACGACAUCAUUUCGAGUGACUCAGUGAUUAGGCGUCACCUGUGUCACAUUCCGUGUCACUGGUGUCAGCAACUCCGUAUUAUUGGUGUCAAUCGGUGUCACCCGUGUCGGUGAUCCGCGUCGCCGGCGUCAGAGUCCCGUAGUAUCGUUACCUCGAUCGGCUCACCUCCGUUACCACAAACGGUGGCUGACUCUGUGCCGGCCUCUCGCCUUCGAUCGACCGAUCGACCGAUCGAACGGUGUGACCCCGACCGGCCAAGUGUUCUGGCGUUCGCACGCCAGCAUUGAACCAGCUACCCUUCCGAACGCUGCUAGCGCCGCUGGCCCGAUGACCGCGGUAUGACACCGCGGGUGGGUGCCUGCGCCGCCAUGACCGAUGCCGUGGAGACGGCGGCGGCGGCAGAGGAAGAGGACCCGUCCUCGCCCUCGCCGGAAGAGGACCCGUCCUCGCCACCGCCGCUGAAAGAAUGGGCGCCGCUGAACCACCUGAUGCUUCAGGUGCCGGCCAAGUACCAGAACCUGCUGGUGACGGGGGAUCUGCAUCUGACCUCUGUGUCCGCCGUGGACGAGCACAUCCUGCUCGGCACCAACACGGGCUCCGUGUACUGGUACGACACCGUCGGGUGUACCAUGCAGCGGUACCGCGCCGAGGUGAGUACUGAGGAGUACAGACGGUACAGUAACACGGGUACCUUGUACUGGUACGACACCGUCGGCUGUACCAUGCAGCGGUACCGCGCCGAGGGUCAGCAGUCUGCCGUAUGCCGGGUCAGCGCCGUCACCUCGGUGGACCACCUGCUGGCGGCCGGACACCGGUCUGGCGACAUCAGCGUGUUCCUGGUACCACGGCUGGCGCGGGGAGAUGUGCCUGACUACGUACGAAUCACUGAGAGCAACAUCAAAAAGAGCCUCCAGUUCCGUGUGGACGCGGGCCACCGGGCGCCGAUCAGCGCUCUGGCCUGGAGCCGUAACGCAGCGCGUCUCUUCAGCGGAGACCGCGAGGGCACCGUGGCGGUCUCUGAGAUCGACUAUGUCACCGAGACGGUGUGCUGCCGCGUGGUGGUGCACGAGCCGACGCCGGUGGUCCAGCUGCAGUACAGCCGACAGACCCUGCUGGUGGCCAGUCGGGGCCGCUGCUGCCUGCUGACGUGGCCGGGCCCGGCCGGCGCGGAGCCGCAGCCGCGCCAGGUCGGCACCAAACCCCGGAAAAGCCCUGCCGACCUGGGCGCCUGUUUUCUGGAGUCGUAUGGAGGGGAGAUGACCGUCCUGGCCGCCCGGCCCUCGCUCAAAGUGGUGACCGCCGACCUGACAGGUCAGGUCAGCGCCACCGUCUCACUCAAGCCGACGCUGGAGACGGCCGGCUCUGUGCCGCUGCUGUUCCCCGUGGCCGCCCCGACCUCCGAGCCCAGUCCCGGCCGACUGGCGCCCCUCUGGCCGGGCGCCGUGGCCCUGUAUGACAACAGGACGCUGCUGGUGGUCGACGUCGUACGCUGGGAGAUAGUGUGGCGCUGCGACCACCUGCCCGCCAUUCUGGAUCUGACCGUCUCCGGUGAGGCCGUGUUCGUGCUGUGCUCUGCCCGCCGCCUGAUCAGACUCUCUCAGACUCCGGACAACCACCCGGCUGUCUGUGACAACAUGCGUGUGGCGAACGGCGACCUCAGUUUCGACGAGGUGAUGCAGGAGCUGAAGUCGUCGGUGCCGGUGAACCAGGUGAAGACGCUGCUGUCCAGCGUCCACGGCCAGCUCGGCCGGUCCGGGCUCCUAGACGCCUUCACUAGUCAGAAAGAGGCGGUCUCAUCACUCACCUCCCGCGUCAGCUCGCUGGUUGCCGGCCGGCUCGGCGCGGCAGUCUCCAGGGAGCGACUGGGGAGCGCUCCGGCCGGCCGGGUCCCGCUCAGAGCCGCCACAUCGUCACCAGAUGUUCGCGACCCGGCCGACCGCGCUGAGGAGGUAUCCUCACCCCUGACAGACACAGCCAGUGUAGUCUCAGCGGGCGCUGAUGGUGCCGCCGCGUCCGCUGCUGCUGCUGCUGUGGAUGACGGGCCCAUAGCGCGUCAGCUCCGGCCGCGUCGCCGGCCCGGCAGACGGCGAGUCGGUCGACCCAGUAGUGGCGACGCCAGGAGCCUGGAGACGGUCUCACUCGGAGGGGAGAGAGUCGUUACUCCCGAGACUCCGACGGCGAUGACGACGUCGGAAGUGGUGGAGACGGAGGCAGGUUCACGACGUGGUUCUGGUGCCGAGGAGAGAGUGGCCAGUGAGGUGGGGGCGGGAGAAGAGGAGAGAGUGAGGACAGGUGUCGAUCAGUCGGUGGGUGAUAAAGUGCCGUCAGAGGCCUCAGAAAGGACUACAGCCGUGCCGCCACGGCCGGACUCUGUAGGGGGCAGCAGUGGUGGACCGGUAACUCCAGUGGGGCCGCUCGACUUUACGCAGUUCUACCCGCACGAGGUGCGGCCUCGCCUGCAGAGGACCGACUCAGAACUAGAGGAGGAGAGAAAGGACAAGGAGCGGCGGCUGGCGGCGCUGUUAGGUCUGGAGGAGCUCGCUGCGCCGCACCCUCCCCCACCUCCCCCGCCUCCCCCGCCGCCUCCAGUGGCUUCUGAGGGCUCGUCAGGGACUCCGUCCCCUCCAACAGAGGAGCUACGAGGGGAUCUGUCCACUCCAGAAGGACAGACGCGACUGUCGUCCUGGAUGGGCGGUGGUCCGCUGUACGGAGAGGCUUCACAAACCCCAGAGACGCAGCAGAAGCCGGAACCGGAGACUGAACCGGAGCCGGAGCCCAGCUACCUCAGUCUGUUUCCGCUCAACAAGAAACGGAGCUCCUCUCCGCCACCGCCGCGGCAUCCGAUCGCUGAUAGUGAGACGGGUGAACCGUUGCGACACGUGGUGGAGGUGCAGCAUCCAGAGGACACCCCACAGCGGCCACGGGCACCCGCGAGUACCCCUUCUGCACCCUCGAACACCCCACGAGUACCCACAAGCACCCCACCAGUACCCAUUGGCACCUCCACCCCUCGACCGGCCCGGCCAACAGACCUGGAGGUAGCCACAGAGGCGACUGAGGACUCUGAGCCGACAGCCGCGGACUGGCGACCCUGGGAGCGGCACUCAGCUCCCUGUUACGUGAUGACUCUCGCUGCCUGUGCACGAUACGCGGUUAUCACCGACGCGGAAUGCCGAGUAUUCUGGGCUCCCGCCGCCGCCCCGAUCCCCGUCUGGGAGAGACUCGACUACUCAGCCUGCCAGGUGGCUGUGUCCUGGGACGGCCGGCGUGUGUGGAGACUGGACGCCAAUGGCGCGGCCUACUCGCUGGCUGACCCGGAGCCGGGCAGGCCGACCGGCACGCAGUGGGUCAGAGCGGCGAGUGAUGUGCUGCAGCUGGCGGCAGAUGCCACGGCAGUGUGGUAUAUCAAGCGCGGCGGCCGUCUGUACGUACAGCGGGACCUGUCGGCCCACCGAUGUGCCUCCUCUGAACUAUCGGUGGACACCCCCGGCCCGAUCAUCCACGUCACGGCGAGAGAUGGAGUCGUCUGGGCCGUCACCGAUAAAGGUAACGUUCUCUGGCGCGUUGGCGUCAGCCGCGCCCAGCUGGCCGGCUACUCGUGGGAGCCGCUGACGCUGGAGUCGCUGAAGGCGCGCGCUGUGUUCCUGACGGCUGGCGAGCUCGGCUGGCUGGUGGACGAUAGGGGACGGCUGCAUGUGACUAGUGGAGUGUCGGCCAGCCUGCCGCGGGGCAUGGACAGCGUGUGGAGACGGGUGCUGGCCGAGCGCAGUAGCAGUUGGAUUAGCGGCCAACAGGUGGCGGUGAUGUCGCCCGGCGCCGCGCUCCGUCCCAGUCUGGCCGUGGAGGGCGCCGUGGCCUGGCUGGCCGACCCCGGCGUCAUGAGCGUCAUGACGUGCCGCCACCACAUCAUCGCGGUGCGCUGGGAGCAGUUUGUACCGCGCGGCCCGCGCCAGGAGUGGUCCGAGAUUCACGCCGACGGCCUGUACCAGCGCAGGGGCCAGCUGUGGGCCCUCAGCGGCCGGGGGCAGCUGUACGGAGGGCAUGGACACGACGGAGACCUUCAGCUGGUGCCUCUGCCGGAGCGCAACUGCUCUGUGGCCUGCGUGUCGGCGGCCCCGGGCGCCCUUUGGCUGCUGACCGCUGCCGGCGCCGUGUACGUCAGGGAGGGUAUGGAACAGACGGCCACCGGCAACGACUGGGUUCAACUCGACCUCGUUCAGAUGGACGGCUGCCGGUUGGUCCAUCUCUCGGUGGGCGCCCAGUCCGUGUGGGCCUGCGACGCCGCCGGCCGUGUACUGGUGCGUCUCGGACCGACGGUGGCCCGACGGUCGGCGGCCAGCCUCCAACCCGCCUGGGUCUCCAUUGACCGACCGGCGGGGGUUCGCUUCGUGAUGGUAUGUGUGGGCCCGGCCGACCAGCAGGUGUGGGCGCUCGACUCUGCUGGCGUGCCGUGGCGCCGCUGCGGCCUGGACGACCAGCCGGUGGUGGGCACUCAGUGGCGGCCGGCCGGCGGUGUCAGCGCCGACCGGCUGGCCGUCAGCCCUGCCGGCGUGUGGGCGCGCUGCCGCCGCUCGGGCCGCGUGCACCGCUGGAUGGAGACGGCCGCACAGUGGUGCCGCGUGCCCGGCAUCACACGACACGCCUCAGUGUCUGUGAGCGGCGAGCUGUGGGUGGUACACCGGGGCGCUCUCUACACGCUACAUGACCUGACGCUGCGGCCUGGCCGUCCGAUCGAGCCGCGAGUCACCGCCCGGUCGCCGCCGCCGGCGAGCGCGACUGCUGCGGAGGAGGGCGACGAUCGAGACUGGGAGCUGGUCACCUACUGAGGCUGGUGGACGACUUUAAUUGGCCACCUACCGAGACCGGUUACCGGUAGAUGUCCACAGUUGGUAUACGUGGGUCUUUCUCUACUGGUACUGAUGGACUUCUACUGAGAUACUUGGGUGGCUACUGAUAUUUGGUGCACGUCUUCCGAUACCGGCGGAGCCCUGCUCGUGAACGUCCACGGAGCCAGGUGGAUAUCAACUAUAAUAACCAACAUCUGCAGCUUUCAUUUAUUGGAACCGGUGGAUAUCUACCCUAACUGCAAUAGUCUGCAGAUGCCAGUGAACGCCUAUUGUGUAUGUGGAAGUCUGAGUGGAACAAAUGGAAGUAUAUCAAGUCCGCUAGUCUUCGGAGCGACCCUAAGGGUCGCGGCAAUGAGAUGGCUUAGCGCUAACUUGCUACAUGCGCACAGGCCGGCGCGCGGUAAAACGCAAGACGUCUUGUGUCACUCGCGAACUGUCGAACGUGUGGCCUUGUACUUCUCUGGUUCCUUCUGCGGCCUCGCAAUGCCGUGGUUCUCCGUGAUAGCUGUGCGAUGUCGUAUUUGAGCGACUCCCCAGAGCCGAGACAUUCGGGAGUCUGGGAGUCGGGCUCGUACUUUCAGUUAUGCAGAGGUGUAUUUGUUUUCUUGUGAUAUUUUACAUGGCGAUAUGUAAUUGCUUUUGAGGCCCGGAGCGGAUAUAUGAAGUCUCCGGACUCCGCCAAAGGUCGGGAGUAACAAGUAACAUUUAUGUGCUUUAAGGUGCUACGGUACGAUGACCCAGUGUAGUCAAGGCGCAAACUGUGGACACAGUCAGGGUCAGGACUGGUUUCGGUGCAGUGGCUUCCACCCAGUGAUCAAGUCAAUAUUUUUACAAGCUGGAUAAAUAAUACAUCGUGUAUCAAGCA